UCCUCCUUCCCUUCUCCUCCCUCUCGCUCUACUUCCCUCCUCCCUCUUCGCUCCCUCCCUCCUUCCUGCCAGAAGCGUUGCCCGGUGGUGAGCAGCUCCCGAGAGGAUCUUCCUGUCCUGGGGGCACCUCCCGCUCUCCCUGCCUUGUCUUCGCUCUGGGGCCCGGCCAGUCCGAGGCUCUGAGGACUCCUGCGCCUCCUCAAGUCGCAGAUGCUGCGGGCGCCUCUGGGAGAAGAUCCGGGCGGCGCGCUUGCUUGGUAAGUUCUGAGCACUCUCGGACUCUCUGGCGACGCGGCUGGCGAACUGGCUUCCCUCAGCCCCUUGCCUUUCCCUGAAGCUUCCCCUCGCAAAGGGAACAGUCGUAAAGAGGCUAGGCGUGAUCUGCUGAGGACACAAUGUUGGCGGCCGCCCUCUAAUCUUCAUCCCUACUGGGGCUUCCUCGCCCCAAGACAGUCUGAGCGGGCGUGGUCGGGCUCCGUGCUUAGCUCAGCCCAGUGGCCCACGCUGGGAGGGGCGGCCCAAGCACCCGGUGCGAGCUACAGCUUGCUUGGAAUCCAAUCGGCCCGCGGUGCCCAAACCCAGGGUCAAGUGUGGAGCGAGUGGCCGUCCCGGCUUUGGGGCAGUGCGGCGGGCGCCAGGAGUCUAGCGGCUAGGAAGAGGGAGGGUGGAAUGGCCGCGCUAGUUGCCAGUUAUCCAUUCCCUGCGACUGAGGACUCUCCAAGACCCCAGGUUUCCCGGAAGAGCCUUCGGAAAUGGGAUUCCAGCUGACUGCGGGUGGGUGUUUAGAGAAGUGGGCUGUAGGCAGGCUGUGCCCCCUCUCAGGCCUGUCGAACUCCUCUUAACCCCCAGGUGGCCUGACAGGCCGAGAUGGAGGUGGGCUGCACGCCCUCUGGCCCCCAUCGCGUCCUGUGGAAGCCUUGGCGACCAGAGUCAGGCUCUUCUUGGUUAGAUACAAGGGAGACUGAGGAGACAGGAGUCCUUGUUUAAGCCUCCCUCGCCUCAGCGAUUUUCCCUAUUUUAAUGUCCGCCUCUGUUCCGUUGGGCUCGGGCUCCCAGUUCAUCCUGAAUCACCUCAAAAACCUGCUCUCCUUAGAAAGGUACUGCAGUGGUUCUUUCCAAUAUGCCCAGCCGAAACUUACUUAAAGUGCCUUAUCAGGUUUGAGGCUGAUUUGUUUUUAAUAACUGUGUGGACAAAGCGGCUGCGGACAUUCAGGGACAGAGAGGAGAUGAAGGAGCGGUGGAAGGGUCAGCCAACCAGUGUAGGAAGCUCAUCAUAGCAGGAAGACCUGCCACACCAUCUCAGGGUUCCAGGUGUCACUCCCUCCAGCUAGCUUAUCACACAUUUCCUUGAUUCUGUAAGUGUCAGGAGCCCCCAGAUCCCCCCACUUUCCCGCCCUCUCAAAUUCCUAGCAAAAUAAUCUCUUAUCAAGGAGUAUUGACAGCAUCAUUAAUAUCUUGAAGGAAAUUACUGUAUUUGAGAACUAAAACUAGUAUUCCACUUUCAAACACGAUUUUGAAAAAGAACACAUUUAGGUAAAACACCACCACCACUAUUUAAGUUUAGGUAAAUAGUUCUUCCCUAAUUCAUAUUAAGCAGUAGUGAGCUUUUUGGAAAGCUACUGGACUGGUACUCAGAAUCCCUAGGUUCUGUUUCUAAUUGUUUCUUGAGCUCAAGCAAGUCAGCACUUUCCCUGGUUGAAGAAUGUCCCCAUCUGUAAAAUGAACCUGAUUUCUGAGGUCUUGUUCAGCUCUCACAUUGGCUUCUACAUCAAUGAAAAAUUAACCUAAUUAAUAAAUGUUUGUUGAAUGAAUGAUUGAAUCAAUAAACCUUGUCUCUCUAGGAACUAUGUAUUUUUAAUAUUUGGAAAUAUGUGGAAACAAAUGCACCCUUUGCUAGGAUAGGAAGCUUAAUUGUGUUCACAUUGCAUCAGACUGCUUGCAUCUAAUGAAGUAAUUGCAAUAGAGACUGGAAGGCCAUUAAUAGGGCUGCUCCUACCCCCAGAGCCCAUCAUCUCAAGGUUGUCCUAUGUCAUACAGAAGGACAAUUUAAAGCUUGAGAAGGAAAUGAUCUUGCUAAAAGCCAAGCAAGAAUUACUGGGGGAAAGAGGGGUUCCGAUGUCUGAUCCAUGGCUUUUCUUGGAAGGCGAAGGUAUGGGGGUUGGGGAGAAAAAGCCUGAGAAAAAUGCACAGGAGAUCACAGGAGCCACAGGUUGCCUUAGUGUCUGAGUUUAUAAACUACCCCCAGCCCUUCUUGAGGAGGAAGGAGCUUGUAUGAGCUGAACCAUCCUAGGACCAGGGCUUAAGGAUGGAGGAGGGGAGAAGCAGGGGGCUUUCUGUGUUCCCAAAUGGCUCAUUUUUCCUAUGUAGUUGUCUAUUGCACAUUCAGCCAGACAAUGGACCCUGUGUUGACUCUCUCCGCAGCAGGUCUGAACUGAAGGGAAAGCAAGCUGAAGUGUUUUGUGGGACAGACACAUCCUUUGAACAUUUCCUUUUCCAUUUUUUAGACACAGAAACUAGUGACAUACCUGUCCUUUUCCCUGGCUUCUCUUUCUCAGGAGAUGGUCUUCUUACAGUGCCUUUCUCUGUUCUCUAGCUCCUCUGCCCCUGCAGCCUGGAGGGCUCAACCACCCUUCCCUGGGCUCCUACUCCCAGCUGAGGCUCAGCCUGGCAGUACUUUUCUGACACCCACUUCUCGUCUCCUUCCUCCAGGCAAAAAGUAUAUGUUUAAACCUCAUUAUCUGACUAAGUAUAAACCCCAGGGAGAGAAGGGUUUUGUUUUUGUUUAUCUCAAUCUAUAAGCUAAAGUUGAGCUGGCUUUCACAGUCCAGGCAAAUAUCUGUUUGGCUGGUCACCACCCAGAAAGUAAUUCUCUCAGCACUCAAACAAAGCUCUGUAUGUAUAAAUCUCUCAAGAGAACUCCUCACCCUCCUACACAGACACACUGGUGCACUCACACACACCCCACUCUCCCCAACAAGAACAUUUGAGCUAGAAGCUGACAUACAGGCACCAAUCCUGUAGCAAAGAGACACCACACACACACACACACACACACACACACACACACACAAACGCACACCCCACACUCCCACACCUCUUCAUUGUACAGUCAGGACCCCCGCUUGGGAAUCUGGGAUAAGACCAUCCUGGAAUGGCCAGGUCACUGUUCCAUAUGCAGUGUGUAGGUGAGGGAGGUUAUGAGGAAGGGAAGCAACCACUCAGCGGGGGGGCCCAGGAGUGCGGGUGGUGCCAGCCCCUUAGCGGGUCCCCUCCUUAAGAAGCCCCUCUGCAGGAGCCUCUCCAGCUGCCAGCCAGGUUGGAAGUGGAGUAGUUCACAAUCAACUGAGGCAGCUGAGAAUUGAGCUUUGCAAAGCCACUGGCAGGGAAGGGAAGCAUCUGCCCCCCCUCCCCCACCGGGUGCUCUUGCUCCUCUGCCUGCCCCCUCCCCCGUGACGUCACCCUAGCCCUGUCCAGGGAGCCCGCAAAGCCUCUCAAAUUCAAACUGCUAGACGCACUGCUGUCGCAGCCACCGGAUUGUUGGAAACGUGCGCCCAGGCUCCGCCAUCGCUGCCGCCAGCCGACCCGGCCAGCCGGCUCCUUGACCUCCCUACACAAUCGCACCUGGAGUCCCUGGCGGCUAGGCUUUCCUCCACUCCAACCCUCCUCUUCCUUUCCUGCCACCGGCAGGAGGUUUUAUUUCUGCGCAUUCCCCUAGCAAAUCAAAUCAACCAACAGAAAGCAGGGCGUCCCCCCUGGAAGCGGCGUCUUCUUUUACUCUGUUCUCCCUCUCUUCCUGAAGUUGCUAAACUCCUGUGAGACUGCAGAGGAGGGGGGUCUCGUCUUCUCCUGAUGUGUGAGUACCCCCUACCCCUCGCUGUCUUUGCCAUCUGCACCCCCGCAGCCAGCCCCCUGAUUCCUGAUUUUCCCACCUCCUUUUUAAGCAGCUUUUUAAAAAAGUAAAGCAAUUUCUGCUGCGAGCCCAAGACGGGCGAGAUGCCCCAGAGGUCUCUUGCAGAUACCCCAGGGGAGGACGACAUGGGCUGGAUUUAGUGGGGAAACUCGGUUACUAAUGACUCCGCGGCUGCUGCUACCCGCUGGGAAAUCAGGUUUGCCUGUAUGUACCUGAGCUGACACCAAAGAGGCCUAAAGAUGCUGAGCAGCGUUUGGUUCCUCAGUGUGUUAACCACGGCCGGGAUCUUACAGACAGAGAGUCGCAAAACUGCCAAGGACAUUUGCAAGAUCCGCUGUCUGUGUGAAGAGAAGGAAAAUGUACUGAAUAUUAACUGUGAAAACAAAGGAUUUACAACUGUCAGCCUGCUUCAGCCCCCUCAGUAUCGAAUCUAUCAGCUUUUUCUCAAUGGAAACCUCUUGACAAAACUAUACCCAAAUGAAUUUGUCAAUUACUCCAACGCAGUGACUCUUCACCUAGGUAACAACGGGCUACAAGAGAUCCGAACAGGGGCAUUCAGCGGCCUGAAAACUCUCAAGAGACUGCACCUCAACAACAACAAGCUCGAGGUAUUGAGGGAGGACACCUUUCUGGGCCUGGAGAGCCUGGAGUACCUCCAGGCCGACUAUAAUUAUAUCAGUGCCAUCGAGGCAGGAGCAUUCAGCAAACUUAAUAAGCUCAAAGUGCUCAUCCUAAAUGACAACCUUCUUCUAUCCCUGCCCAGCAAUGUGUUUCGCUUUGUUUUGCUGACCCACUUAGACCUGAGGGGGAAUAGGCUGAAAGUAAUGCCUUUCGCUGGUGUUCUUGAACAUAUCGGAGGAAUCAUGGAGAUUCAGCUGGAGGAAAACCCAUGGAAUUGCACUUGUGACUUACUUCCUCUAAAAGCCUGGCUGGACACCAUAACUGUUUUUGUGGGAGAAAUUGUCUGUGAAACUCCCUUUAGGUUGCAUGGGAAAGAUGUGACCCAACUGACCAGGCAAGACCUCUGUCCCAGAAAAAGUGCCAGUGACUCCAGUCAGAGGGGCAGCCAUGCUGACACACAUGUCCAAAGGCUGUUACCUACAAUGAAUCCUGCUCUCAACCCAACAAGGGCUCCAAAAGGCAGCCGGCCUCCCAAAAUGAGAAAUCGUCCAACUCCCCGAGUAACUGUGUCAAAGGACAGGCAGAGCUUUGGACCGAUCAUGGUGUAUCAGACCAGGUCCCCUGUGCCCCUCACCUGCCCCAGUAGCUGUGUCUGCACCUCUCAGAGCUCAGACAAUGGUCUAAAUGUAAACUGCCAAGAAAGGAAGUUCACUAAUAUCUCUGACCUGCAGCCCAAACCUACCAGUCCAAAGAAACUUUACCUAACGGGGAACUAUCUUCAAACUGUCUAUAAGAACGACCUCUUAGAAUACAGUUCUUUGGAUUUGUUGCAUUUAGGAAACAAUAGGAUUGCAGUCAUUCAGGAAGGUGCCUUCACAAACCUGACCAGUUUACGUAGACUUUAUCUGAAUGGCAAUCACCUUGAAGUGCUGUAUCCUUCUAUGUUUGAUGGACUGCAGAGCUUGCAAUAUCUCUAUUUAGAGUAUAAUGUCAUUAAAGAAAUUAAGCCGCUGACCUUUGAUGCUUUGAUUAACCUACAGCUACUAUUUCUGAAUAAUAAUCUACUGCGGUCCUUGCCUGAUAAUAUAUUUGGGGGCACAGCCCUCACCAGGCUGAAUCUGAGAAACAACCAUUUUUCUCACCUGCCUGUGAAAGGAGUUCUGGAUCAGCUUCCAGCUUUUAUCCAGAUAGAUCUGCAAGAGAACCCGUGGGACUGUACCUGUGAUAUCAUGGGACUAAAGGAUUGGACAGAACAUGCCAAUUCUCCUGUCAUCAUCAAUGAAGUGACUUGUGAGUCUCCUGCUAAGCAUGCAGGGGAGAUACUGAAGUUCCUAGGGAGGGAUGCUAUUUGUCCAGACAGUCCAAACUUUUCAGAUGGGACCAUCUUGUCAAUGAAUCACAAUACAGACACACCUCAGUCACUUAGUGUGUCUCCUAGUUCCUAUCCUGAACUACACACUGAAGUUCCACUUUCUGUCUUAAUUUUAGGAUUGCUUGUUGUUUUCAUCUUAUCUGUCUGUUUUGGUGCUGGUUUAUUCGUCUUUGUCCUGAAACGCCGAAAGGGAGUGCCAAGUGUUCCCAGGAGUGCCAACAACCUAGAUGUAAGUUCCUUUCAAUUACAGUAUGGGUCUUACAACACAGAGACUCAUGAUAAAACAGAUGGCCACGUCUAUAACUAUAUCCCCCCACCUGUGGGUCAAAUGUGCCAAAACCCCAUCUACAUGCAGAAGGAAGGAGACCCAGUAGCCUAUUAUCGAAACCUUCAAGAGUUUAGCUAUGGCAACUUGGAAGAGAAAAAAGAAGAGCCAGCCACACUUGCAUACACAAUAAGUGCCACUGAGUUGCUAGAAAAGCAGGCCACACCAAGAGAGCCUGAGCUGUUGUAUCAAAAUAUUGCUGAGCGAGUCAAGGAACUCCCUGGUGCAGGCCUAGUCCACUAUAACUUUUGUACCUUACCUAAAAGCCAGUUCGCCCCUUCAUAUGAAUCUCGACGCCAAAACCAAGACAGAAUCAAUAAAACCGUUUUAUAUGGAACUCCCAGGAAAUGCUUUGUGGGGCAGUCAAAACCUGACCACCCUUUACUGCAAGCUAAGCCACAGUCAGAACCAGACUACCUCGAAGUUCUGGAAAAACAAACUGCAAUCAGUCAGCUGUGAAGGGAAAUCAUUUACAACCCUAUGGCAUCAAAGGAUGCUGCUCCAAACUGUUGGAAGCACUGCAUUUGCUUUUGUGUUUGUUUCUGUUCUCCCUUUCCCAGCCUUAAUGGGGGACUCUGGAAAUAUUUGGGAGAUGGGGUGAAGCAAUGAUAUUGCUUUUGCAAGUUUUCCUUUAAAUUAUUUCUCUCUUGCUCUCCUCCCCUACUGUUUUUUUUUUCUUUCUAUUCUCAAGAAUCAUCAAUGAACAUGGAUAUUUCUACAAUGCAUUUUUCAUAUAUAUUGUUUAUGGUUUUGUUUAAAAAAUAUCUUGUUUUUGCAGUGUGGGAGUGGAACAAGGAGUUUAUAGUGAAUUAGAAAAGAAUAAGCAAACUUUUCAAAUGAAAAUGGACACUUAGCGUAUUUUGUAGAAGAUCCCCAAGAUAUUUUGGGACUAUAACUUCUUUUGUAAAUAAUGUUAUAUGGUAUUUCCAUACUCAAUUAUCAAGUAUAGCCACUGGGCAUCACUUCUUUGUGUUAAAGUGCCUUCGCACUUUAAGUAUAUUACUUAAAUGUUGCUUUUAGCUUUGAUAAAUCGAACAUAUUUUAAUGUGUUGUAUUUUUGAAAUUGAAAACACUGUAAAUAGAUUGAUGUUUCAGCUAUAUCAAGUCAGUGUACAGUUUGCUUGAGUUAUAGAAACCAACCUGUCAUCAAAUGAUUCUAGUUAUAGGACUUUGUAGACUUAACUAUAAAAUAUUUCCUUUCCUCUGGGUUCCUUCUAAGUGAUUUUAUUUAAGUCAACUAAGGGGAUUUAACUAUGGACCAGAGGUAAUAAGCCGCCUCAGUUGGUAUUAAUAAUUCAUUAAUAAAAUAUAUUCAACCCAAUAUCAGAGUGAAUUGAACAAUUAAUGCACUUCCGUAAAUCAUUAUUUUACACUAACAUGGUCAGUGUUUUAGAUUAUUUUCCUAAGUAAGAGUACAUUACACAACUUGUAAUAUAUUUUUUCUGCAUUAAAUUAGAUAUUUUUAUAUAUUUAAAUGAAAGAGUCUGUAUUUCUAACUUUUUAAUUGAAAUUAGUAUUUUUUCUGCAAUUGAAACAUUUUCUAUAAACACACACCAGUAGAGGCCGCCACACACCUCAUUUAACAAAGACAUAUGAGCCAUUCAAUACCUUGAAGGAAGACUUCAAAGGUAAAAUUAAAACUUCCCAAGUAAGUUCUCUGAAAAUUCAAGGCAACAGAGAUAAAAAUGUGUAUAUUAUUUUCUAUUUCUUUUAGGAUCGAAGGUUAGACUCAGAAUACUUCUCAUUUUUCACAUUUUCUGACAAAGCAGCAUUUUCCUCUUGAGUUUAAUUGAAGCAUUAAUGGGGUGCUAUCAAUCAUGUACUAUUUGCAUCUCCAAAUCAGUUAAUAGUUACUUAAACUAAGAUAGUAAGCAUCUUUUUCCUUCUGCCUUCUUUAGACGUUGUGUUACUUGAAUUUUUCCUUGUCAGCUUAUACAAGCCUUUCAUUUUGGUCUUAGCAUUAAAAUGAUUU